UGCCAACACAUUUCCAUUUCCCUUUAGUUAUCUUUAGUCAGUCGUUCGGAUCGGUCGGUAAGCGCGCGAUCAAUAAAAAACUCAAGCGCCGCUAAGCGCUCGAAACAACAACAACACAAAAUAACAGAAUAAAUAUACACAUCAAUAUUUACGAGUACUUGUAUAAUACGAAUCAGAACGAAUUUUUGAAACGCGUGCCUUUUGCGUACGGAGGCAGGUCACACAUUUCAUAUGCUCCACAUAUGUACAUAUGUAAUCGCAUAUACUUAGACAAUUUAAGAAAUAUAUGAACAUAUACAUAUAUAUGGACAGACGCAUACAUAUUUAAAUCGUACGAACAGCUGCUAAACCGCUACAGAUAAUCAGAUACAGAUACAUAUACUAGAAGUAUUUAUAAGCGUGUUCGUUCUUCGUCGAUGUGAACACAUUCAACAGUUCGGUUCAGUUUCUAAAUUUGCGCUUUUUUUUAUACAGUUAACUUUCGAUUUUUGUUUCUUGCUGCGUUCGUACGUUGCUUUCGCUUUCUCACAUAAGAAAUUCUUUACGCUGCCCACGAGCGACCGGGAACCAGAAAUAGCCCAAAAACCAAACGCAGUGAAUGCUUAAAUACUGCGGGCAGGUUCCAAUUUUAAACAAAAAUUUCAAAUAAAAAUAAAUAGUCACACUGCCAACAAAUUGAAAGCUGCAACACAGCAGACACAACAAACCAACAUAAAGCCCCGCAAUGCCGACACAGCAAACAAAAUCCCAAGAUGAGCUGCCAACGGCAAAUGCUCUGGUGUCCAAGCAUCCGGAUAACAAGCUCGAACAGUUCAAUGAGGCUGAGGAGGUGGAGGAAGAGAUUGAAACGGCAGCUGUGGUUGUGCCACCGGACAGUGGCUGGGCUUGGGUCGUAAUGGUUGCCUCCUUCCUCUGCUGCACGGUCAUCGAUGGCAUCGUCUUCUGCUCGGCCAGCAUACAGGAGCCUCUCAUAAAGGAGUUCAAUGUGAGCAAGUUCUAUGUGUCGUGGGUCUCAUCGCUGCUCAGCGGUUGUUAUCUGAUGGCCGGACCCUUCGUGAGUGCAAUGGCCAAUCGAUUUGGAUUCCGUCCGGUGACCAUAGCGGGUGCCAUAUUGGGUGGCAUUUGCUUUGGACUGUCCUACUUUGCGAACAGCGUGGAAUUCCUUUUCCUUGUGUAUGGCAUCAUGGGAGGAAUUGGCUUUUGCAUGGUCUACAUACCGGCCGUUGUCAUCAUUGGUUUCUACUUUGAGAAGUUUCGUGCCUUGGCCACAGGUGUUGCCCUCUGCGGCUCCGGUGUGGGCACCUUUGUCUUUGCCCCGCUGACCAACAUGCUGCUCGAGAAGACCGACUGGCGGACGACGCUGGCUAUACAGGGAUUGUUGGUCUUAUCUUGUGCUAUCUUUGGCCUUGCCUUCCGUCCUAUUCAGCCCAUUACGCUGGGAGUCACCGAGGAUGGCACUGUGGUCGACGAGGAGAAGACCAAGCUGAAUGGACAUGGAAACACAGUGGCUCCAACGCCACAAUUGCAUCAGGCGGCAUUCACCAAACCGUUGCCCGACGGACGCUUCGCCUACUCGAUGCCCAACUCGGCCCACAACACCUACAUGGGUGCGUCGCAGCGUAAUCAUUAUCCCACGGCGGCGGAGAUCUUCAAGGGCAUGAAUCUGGAGCGCAGGCCAUCGGGACAGGCUAGCAAGGGAACAGAGCUGAAGCAACUACGCAAAUCGCAGCCAACGACUCCGAAUGGUGAUCCCCAGCAGCUGACCUUCAAUCUGCACAAGGAGCUGACCACCGUGGGUGAGAACGAGGAGGAGGCCGAGAACGAUAACCUGUUGGAGACGGAGGCCAAGCCAUCUAUCAUUCAGGGACGUCGUCACACAGUCUCCGGUCGUCGUCCACAAGAUCUGGCGAAGCGUCCAGCUGGCGCUGCUAACGAUGCCGCCCAUCAUCACGGCCAGUCGCACUCCUCUUCCCGUCCCAUGUACAGAGAUGAUAUCUUCUUCACGGGAUCUCUCACACGCAUACCGCAGUAUCAGUCGCAGACAUCGCUCGCCUAUCACAUGUCCGUCACACGUCUGCCCACCAAGCGGGACAUGCUGGAGGACCGGCAGAAGGGCUGUCGCAUCUGCCCGGAGGCAGUGCGUCGCACACUGUCGACCAUGUUGGACACCACGCUGCUCAAGUCACCGGCCUUUAUGUGUUUGGCCUUCAGCGGUUUCCUGACCAUGAUGGGCUUCUUUGUGCCCUUCGCCUUCCUCACGGAUCGCGCUGUCGAGGCGGGCAUGUCCAAAGAGGAUGGCGUCUCCAUCAUUUCGGGCAUUGGCAUGAUCAAUACACUUGCUAGGAUUGUGUGCGGUUCGUUGAGCUCGUUCCCCGCUGUGAAGCCACUGUGGCUCAACAAUGUGGCACUCACCGCUGGUGGCUUGGCCACAAUCUUCAGUGGUGUGGUCAUCGAUAGCACCACCCAAUGGGCAUUCGCUGUGCUCUUUGGCAUUUGCAUUGCCUGCUUCUCGGCGCUGCGAUCUCUGAUUGCCGUCGAACUGAUUGGCCUGGAGAAGCUGACCAAUGCCUUUGGUUUCCUUAUGCUGUUUCAAGGAUUGGCUGCCACCAUUGGCAGUCCCAUUGCCGGUGCUUUGUAUACGGCGACCAAGAGCUACAAUAUGGCAUUCUACUUCGCUGGUGGCCUAAUCCUGCUGUCGGGCUUCCUCUGCUAUCCACUGACCUGCAUAUCGAACCGGGAGAAGCGACGCAAUGCUCAGAACGAGCCUCUACCCGCGGCCUAAUCAACGGUUAUCAAUAGAAAACAUCAACAAAAA